AUGACAGUUAUAGAGUAUGAGAACAAGUUCACAUCGCUUUUGAGGUUUGCACUAGGGAUCGCCAAAGAUGAGGAAAGAAAAAUAGAAAAGUUUGUUGAUGGCCUUGAUCUUACCAUCAGGCCAAUUGUAGCUGCCUCAGAAUCAACAGAGUAUGCAAAAGCAGUACAAAAAGCCUUACUGGUUAAGGCCGAAAGUAAGGAUAAUAAGGCUAUCGAGGAGUCCUAUAAGCGCAGCAGGGGUAUGGGUGCUUUCUUCGAGGGUCAAUCAAGUAAGAAACAGAAGCAUGAACAGUCAAGGCUUAGGGGACAACAGUCAGUCAGAUCCGCACCCGCAGCUUUAGUGUUGAUGGUGUCUUCUAGACUGAAUGUUACUUGUUUUAGAUACGGGCAACUGGGACAUUACAAGUCCCAAUGCACUGAGACUCAGGCCCGUGUACUGUUUAAUUCUGGUGCUUUGUAUUCUUUCAUUGCUUCAUCAUUUGCACGGGCAUUGGGGUUGGAGUUUGACCUCAUCAUUCUCGAGAUAAUAGGGUUUGAUGUCAUUUUUGGGAUGAACUGGUUGUCGUCUUUCAAAGCCGUUAUUGAUUGUUUCAGGGGCAAAGUGUCAGUGUGUACCCCAAAUGGGGAUUGUUUCUGUUUUGUGGGAGAUCGGUGUAAUUCUCUUACUCCUUUAGUUUACAGUGUCAGAGGUCGAGAUCGACAGGGUUCUUUUUGGCAAGCCUUUUUUGCCGAUGAUGAUGUUGACUUUUGCGGGGUUGAUUAUCCAGUGGUUGUGCGCAAUUUUCUGGAUGUGUUUUCGGAGGACUUGACGGAGUUACCUUUACAUCGAGAGGUAAAGUUUGCUAUUGAUUUGAUGCCUAGUGCCAUAUAA